AUGCCGGCCAGCCCUUCUAUGAAGGACGUUUCCGAGUUCUUUUUGGGGAAGUUGCCCACCGAGCAGAGGCGGCAACUCGACGCGGCGGUGGCAUUGGCGACCUCGGAGGGCCGUUUCCUCCGCGUGGGCACCGCGUGCUCGGGCACCGACUCGCCCGUCGCUGUGUUCCGUGGCCUGGCGAAGGCAAUGCCCAGGCUAAAGGUCGAGCACACGUUCUCAUGCGAAAGCGACGUGAAGAAGAGACAAUGGAUUACGGACAAUUUCCCCGACUUGCCGUACCUUUUCGGUGACAUCCAGGAGUUGCCGACAGGCAAAGCUUUCAACUACAUCACCGGGAAAGCGGCGCAAGUUCCACCCGUGGACAUUUUCAUUGCAGGCUUUGUCUGCAAGUCGGUGUCCUUGGAGAACAAUGAGAGAAAUAAGUGCGCGAACUGCAUCAUAGAGGCGUGCGGUCUUACAGGCAUCACGUUCCAAGGGAUGAUCCAGUACGUUCAGCAAUUCCAGCCAGCUGUGGUAAUAUGUGAGAACCGGUGCUGGAUGUGGGCCUUCCGCGGCCUGGCGCACGCGGGCGCCGCGGCGCUGGCGGGCGAGGCCGUGCUGGCCCUGCGCCAGGAGAGGCAUUGGGAGAUGAACGCCCUCUUCCGGAGUGUGAAGGCCAGCGACGUCGACAUGCGGAGGCCGCUCAACGAGCGCGAGCGCUCCGUGGUGCAGAAGGUGCUUUCGAAGCUUUCGCCAAGAGAGCGCGGAGAGGAGGUCGUGGUGGACGUCGGCAAAUCUUUGGAGAGGGCGGUUUAUUGCGUAGGUGCAGCGCCAUGCGUGGUUCCCAAUUCUCGACCAUGCCGCGUAAAGAAGGACAAGCUCCUAUCGCCUGAGCAGGUCCACGCGGCGCAGGGGAUCUUCAAAGAGGACUUCCCUGCGCUGGCGCGCUGGGGAAAGGAGAAGAAAAUACUCACGCGCGACCUCGCUGGCAAUGCCUUCUCCACAACAGUGUGCAUGGCGGUCGCCAUCGCGGUACUUUGCCAUGGCCCGUUGCUAGGGACAGGCGCCUUGAAGCGCAUUCAGGCGGUCACGGAGGAGCACCUCGAGGGGGCCGCCGCUCCAGCCACGACCCGCGCCGGCGCCAGUUCACCGGCAGCGGGCGGCCCGCUGGCGAAGAGGCCGUCCGUCCGCGCGGUCGACGAGCGCGACUCCAGGUCAUGGCCGUCCGGCGAGGGGGUGGCUGGCGGAGCCGUGGUCGCCGAGCGCGACUCCAGAUCAAGGCUGUCCGCAUGCGAGGAGGCGCCAAGGCCUGGCGCCGCCUCGCCAUCGCCGAGAUCUCGGAGCCCCGUGGGGCUGGCUGGCAGAGCCGAGACUGGCGAGGAUGCGGAUGGCAGAGCCGAGGAGUUGGCUGAUGAGGUGAUUGAGGAAGCUGCCACCAGGCUUCUGCACGCCAUGAGUCUGCUGCACGCCGAGACGGUGGUCGACGAGGCCAUGGCAGAGGGGGAGCUGCGCUGGAAGGAGAUAGCGGAGCUGUGCAGGCCCUACCAGGAGGCGGCGGAGCGCUGGGAAAUGGCAGAGGCGGAGCGGGACUGCCACGCCGCCGAGUUGGAGGCGGCGCGGACGGCGGCUGCGGGGGCGUGCCGUGCGGCUCAUCGCGACCCAGAGGUCAAACAGUUGAAGGAGGCGCUCAGGAAGAAGGACCGCGUCCUGAGGCGCGUCGCGGGAACCUUGCACAGGGUUGCCGCGCGGCUGGUCGCGAGCACAGAGAAGGAGCGCAACCAGCAGGACAAGCGCUCCCAGCCUGUCUCCCAGCUGAGCUUGGCCAGUGUGAUGCGUGACAAAGAGGACAUGUGGUCCAUAGAUGCGGCGAUCGCCGCUGCGUGCCCGCCAGCGAUGGCCAUGGAGGCGUACCGCAUCGACAGGGCGCAGUGCAGCGCUCCCACCCCAUCAACGUACAACCUGAAGGGCAAGCGCACCAAGAAGAGCAAGAAACAGGUCAAGCAGACGGCGGACACUAAGAUCCGCCAGAGCGUGCCCGCCAAGAAGAUCACGGCCAGCAUCGGCUCCGAGGAUAUCGACCUGGAGCCGUCGCCGAGCUUCGCGUCCGACGAUUCCUCGGACGAUUCCGAGCUCACCACGGAUGCCGAGAUGGCUGUCAUUCUGAACAUAUUUGCAAGCCUCCAUGAUGGGCUACGCGACCCCGCGUCCUUCACCCCCGACAUCGCCAUGCUCAGUUACAAGGACAACGUGGAGGCGAAGCUGCGUGCAUCUCCUACAUACAGCAGAAUGAGCUCACUCUUACGCGAUGCCGUUUUGAUCACUCUAGUCGAAUCAGCAGGCACUCAUGGAGACGCUUGCCGCGAGGAGAUCGACAAGCAGGUAGAGAACAUCUUCAGCGACCAGAACAUGCGGACAUUCGCCAUGUCCCAGCUCUACCAGGCCUACCACGUUCUCUUCACUACUACACCUGGCAAGUUUACCUCCAGGAGCAAGCUCGACGGGCGGAGCGACAUUUCGGUCGAGAUGAAGGUGUUGCUGAGAGAAGUGACGAAAAAUUUAGACUUCCCGGAUGUCGUUCCCGAUUUCGUUCGCCUGGCCUGCUCCGAGAAGAUCCACGCUCUUCUUUCCCAGGUUCCCGUUAAAACAUGGAUGAUUGACCAGAUCGAGUUCUUCCACUUCAUGCGGUAUCAGAUGCUCCGGAUCAUCGGGCACUUCAGCAAAGCCGCGCAGGUGCUGCCCGUGAAGCCCCCGACUGUGUGUUUCGACGCAAUGUUGGAGAUCAGGGGGCCGCCGAUCAAGCGUCCAGCUGACGAGGAGCAGCAGAAGUCUUACCAGUGGCUCGACCUGUCCAACACGGCGCCCGGACCAGCUGGGUGGGCGCCGGAAUUGUCGCAGAAUUGCUCAACCGGCUCCGGGCGCAGGGCCAGCUGCAGGGCCCCGAUCAGGCAGGGGCUGACGAAAGGCCAGCUGUCGCAGGGCCAAGUGGCGGCGCCGAACAGGCGAAGCGGCGGAAGGGCGGGGCGCCGCCUGUCGCAGCGGCCGUGGCUGGCGGAACCGCUCGCCGGCCUCGACGAUGCCAGGGCAGCCGCCGCUCAGGGGCGAGCGGCGCGGCCGGAGGCGCACGGGCGGAGCCAGGGCGGCGUGCUGGCGAAGGGCCAGGUGCUGCGCGCGCUGGCGAAGGGCCAGGGCAUCCCGCACUACGGCAGCAAGGCCGAUUUGCUGGCCCGUGCGGCAGCGCGCGCCUCGGCGUGCAGUCUGGCGGUCAAAACCAUGGUCUCCCUGAUGCCGGCCAGCCCUUCUAUGAAGGACGUUUCCGAGUUCUUUUUGGGGAAGUUGCCCACCGAGCAGAGGCAGCAAUUCGACGCGGCGGUGGCAUUGGCGACCUCGGAGGGCCGUUUCCUCCGCGUGGGCACCGCGUGCUCGGGCACCGACUCGCCCGUCGCUGUGUUCCGUGGCCUGGCGAAGGCAAUGCCCAGGCUAAAGGUCGAGCACGCGUUCUCAUGCGAAAGCGACGUGAAGAAGAGACAAUGGAUUACGGACAAUUUCCCCGACUUGCCGUACCUUUUCGGUGACAUCCAGGAGUUGCCGACAGGCAAAGCUUUCAACUACAUCACCGGGAAAGCGGCGCAAGUUCCACCCGUGGACAUUUUCAUUGCAGGCUUUGUCUGCAAGUCGGUGUCCUUGGAGAACAAUGAGAGAAAUAAGUGCGCGAACUGCAUCAUAGAGGCGUGCGGUCUUACAGGCAUCACGUUCCAAGGGAUGAUCCAGUACGUUCAGCAAUUCCAGCCAGCUGUGGUAAUAUGUGAGAACGUGGAGGGCCUGCGGUGCUGGAUGUGGGCCUUCCGCGGCCUGGCGCACGCGGGCGCCGCGGCGCUGGCGGGCGAGGCCGUGCUGGCCCUGCGCCAGGAGAGGCAUUGGGAGAUGAACGCCCUCUUCCGGAGUGUGAAGGCCAGCGACGUCGACAUGCGGAGGCCGCUCAACGAGCGCGAGCGCUCCGUGGUGCAGAAGGUGCUUUCGAAGCUUUCGCCAAGAGAGCGCGGAGAGGAGGUCCACGCGGCGCAGGGGAUCUUCAAAGAGGACUUCCCUGCGCUGGCGCGCUGGGGAAAGGAGAAGAAAAUACUCACGCGCGACCUCGCUGGCAAUGCCUUCUCCACAACAGUGUGCAUGGCGGUCGCCAUCGCGGUACUUUGCCAUGGCCCGUUGCUAGGGACAGGCGCCUUGAAGCGCAUUCAGGCGGUCACGGAGGAGCACCUCGAGGGGGCCGCCGCUCCAGCCACGCCGCCCGCGAGGGCCUCGCGCGCCCCCGUGGCGACGACGCCGCGGCGCGCGCAGCCCCCGCGCGCGGUCCAGAGGACCCGCGCCGGCGCCAGUUCACCGGCAGCGGGCGGCCCGCUGGCGAAGAGGUUGAGGGUGAAGUCCAGUGACGUGGGGCGGCAAUGCGAAUUCUAGCCGGG